GCCAUGGAUUACCAGGAGGCCGCCCGCAGGGCUGCUGAGCACAUGCAAAGCUACCGGAGAGACGGCGGCGCCUGGCGCAGCUGCAAGCGCACGAAUGAAAUUUCCAUUUCAUGGAGACCAUCAAUGGAGUUUCCUGGAAACCUGUACAAAGCAGAGGGAGUUAUUCCUGCAAAACCAGAAGAUGUGUUUAAAUGUGUAAAACCAGAGACUGGUGGACUUAGAGAGAAAUGGGAUCAAAAUGUGAAGGAAGUUGUGGUCAUUGAAACAGUAAAUGAAAAUGUCUGUGUAACCAGAACCACGACUCCUUCAGCUUUCAUGAAGAUCAUCUCUCCAAGAGAGUUCUUAGAUGUGGUCCUGAUUAAACAGGACAAGGAUGGGAUUAUCGCAACUAUGGCAACCAACGUGGAGCACCCCCUUUGUCCGCCACAGCCGAGCUACGUGAGAGGGCAGAACCAUCCCUGCGGCUGCUUCUGCAUCCCCAUUCCAGGGGAACCAUGCAAGACCCAGCUUCUCAGCUUCUUUCAGACUGACCUCGCUGGCAGCCUCCCGCAAACAGUGGUUGAUUCCUUCUUCCCAAGCAGCAUAACCGGUUUUUACAGCAAUCUGAGCAAAGCGGUGGUGAAACUAGCAGCUUGAACCAGACUGUUGCUUCCGAAAGCAGGGAAAGGGCUUAGUUAGCUGUGUAUCUUAUUCUGCCCUUGCAGGGCAUUGGACGCAGCAUUCAGAAUGGUGACCUUCCUGGGCCAUGAUCUAGCCAGAAUUAAAUGCUUGAGAAUAACACCUGUCUUAGAUGGGAAAGACCUGAAACAUUCGCCUUGAAAUAAAAAAGAUUUACAGUGCUCAGAGCGGCCCUUUGGGUCUGGGUACAGGACUGUGCGACUACGGGCUUGCUGGACAUGCUAAAUCACACUGCUCAAUCACAGCACAAAUCCUUACCCACUCGCUCUUCUUCCCAUUGACCAAAGCCGCAGACUCGGCAACUCGGCUCUCAGAGCAGAAGCACGUCUGCCCGCAGGGCGCUGUGUGACCAGUGCCCCUGGACCAAAAGGAAAACCAGCCCCUCACCUGUAUAAAGUUAGCAUGGCAUGAAGAAAAGUUCUAACUUAGUUUCUCACUGUAACCACUUCUGCAUGAGGGGAAAUUUUUUAUACAGAGCAGCAUUGCAGCGUGCGACUUCCCAAAUAUCAAGAAAACAGAAAGAGCAUUCAGCAGUGGGCGAGGCACUCCCUUGUUUGAGGUAUUGAAGGAAAUGCUGAGGGCCAUCUGGCAGCCACGCCAUGGUGGCACCCUGCGCUUAGCAGAUGGUCGGCUUAGAUGCCCUUUGAUGUCUCUCCAGCUCUUUAGUUCUAUCCACCUGUAUCACUUCACGGUGCUCCAUGUAAAUCUAUUGCUUAUGUAGCUCCACCAAUAACACUGUCCUACCUUACAGGGGUGCUGUGUAGUACUAUUGUACAGUUUGUGUUAUGCACUUUAACAAUAAAAAGAUGGUGC